AUGAAGCUCUACGAUCUCCUCGCCUGGACGCUUUUCACUUGGCCGUCGUUCGGCCAAACCGACGAAGAGGUCCACCUACAAUGGUCCAUCUGCGACUGCGACGCGAGAACGGUGCUCCAGAAACUAGGUGAAGAUGUCCGCGGCCCGUACAAGUCGAAUCCGAUCGUCUAUUUUGACACUCUCCCUCCAACACACGCGCAACAUGGCGUCAUGUUCCGCACGAAAGUCAACAAGGGUGAGCCUUUCUCCUUGAUCAAAAUCCGCUUCAACGAGAAACCGAGCUACACUCCCGAAGCCGCUUCCUGUGUCUGGGAUCGCUACGGCAGCAGUGUCUUCUACACCUGCGGAGAGAAAGCAUCCUUGCUUGGAACUCACUCAAAGAUAUGGAGCGACGACCAGGUUUGCUUUGCCGAGCAGUACGACGAUAUCGACUGGGACGGGCUUGUUCCCUUCGGCCCGUUUCCGGAUGGCAAGUGGAAGUUGAGGAUACUGGGAUACAAGGCGAAACUCGACGACGUGGUGGCUGGGACCCUGCAUCUGAUGGAGAUUGAGAUGGGGCUUCCGAAGACUGAGUCAGAAGACGCUUUUCAGUGCAUUACUGAGUAUCUGGUUGAUCGUGGCGUGGUGCUCUGUGAUCCUCAAGAGUCAAGAACGUUGAGGCUCUUUCAUGCCAAGGGAUAUCUAAAGCUCGGCGAGGAUCUGAAGAUAGCAGAUUCGAAUGCGGAGUUGUAA